AUGGCCAGGAUGGAGGUGACGGAGACCUUCGCUGGCAUCGCCUUGCCUGGCCACCUGCACACGCAGGAGUCCCUGCGCUUCGCCAGCAGCUUCCAGUUCCGAGACUCGGAUGUGGUCAUUGUCACCUACCCCAAGUCUGGCACCACCUGGAUGCAGGAGAUCCUGACCCUGAUCCACAGCAAGGGGGACCUUGAGCCAGCCAAGACCAUCCCGAACUGGGCCAGAGCCCCCUGGCUGGAGCACACGUACUUCAAGGACCUGCUGCAAGAGACCAGAGGGCCCCGCCUCAUCACCACACACCUCCCCUGCCAGGUCCUGGCCCCCGCGCUGAGGAAAUCCAAGGCCAAAGUGAUCUACAUGGCCCGGAACCCCAAGGACGUCGCGGUUUCCUUCUAUCACUUCCACAAGAUGGCCAAGUUCCUGCCAGACCCUGGCUCCUUUGAGGACUUCCUCAUCCGCUUCCUGGAUGGCACAGUGCAAUACGGCUCCUGGUUCGACCACGUCAAGGGCUGGCUCAGCCAGCAGGCCGAGCUGGAGCUCUUCUACAUCACCUACGAGGACGUGCACAAGGAGCUGGGGCGCUCGGUCGAGCAGCUUGCUGAUUGGCUGGGCUGCCCACUGCAGCCGGAGGAGAUCAGAGAAAUCCAGCAGCACUGCAGCUUCUCCUCCAUGCGCGAGAAUGCGAUGGUGAACUACACGCUCAUCCCCUGCGAGAUCAUGGACCACAGCCAGGGCAGGUUCAUGAGAAAAGGGACAGUUGGAGACUGGAGAGACCACUUCACCCCGCUGCAGAACAUGCUCUUCCACAAGAUCUACCAGAAGGAGAUGCAGGACUCCAGUAUGCGCUUCCGCUGGCUCCUGGACUGA